AUGGCGAAAAGAGCUGCGCCGACCGCGUCGACUAUCACGCCCAGCGGGGCGGCGGCGGCGGCGGUAGCGGGGCGCGUCGUUUCCCCUUUUAUGAACAAUCAUCGCAGUCACCAACAGAACGAGACUGGAGCGCGUCGCGCCCGACGGGACGCUAGCGUUUUUUAUAGUACAGUUAUGGACAAUGAAACAGUAGCGAAAUUAAUUGAAACUGUCAGAGGCUACGUCUUUUUGUACGAUCUGAGCCAUCAUCAAUAUAAAAAUGCUAGUCUUAAAUCUACGGUUUGGGAAUCUAUAGGAAGGGAAUUAAAUCAAAGUGGUGAAGCAGUCAGAAGUAAAUGGAAGACGAUAAGGGAUGGUUAUACGAAAUAUAAAAAACAACUUAAAACGACAACAGCAUCUAAUAGAACAAACGUUACUUAUACUUGGGCACCACAACUGUCGUUUCUGGAUAAUUACAAUGUAGCUCGGCCGUCGUAUUCAAAAGCUUAUUUGGACGCUGCACAGCCCGCACCAGAUUCCGACCAAUCACAGGAUACUCCCUCACCCCUGCCGUCGACAUUUCCAUCGCAGGCGCCAAUGAAUCAAGUUUCAACCCGCAGCAACAAACGACAGUCGUCCGAUCACAGGCGAGACGACGAUGACGUGCAGACGUCAAAAACCAAAAAGAGAAAAGAACUAGACGUCGUUGAUAAUUUAUUUCUAAGCUAUGCUGACACUUUUAAGAAAUUUCCCGCCCGAGAACAGGCGAUCGUUAAGUUGGAAUUGGCGAAGUUAUUUUCAAAUAUAGAAUUACAGUUGCUCAGCGAUCAGACGAACGAAUCAAAUUUUUACGAACCAACAAUAGGUAAAGUGAAGAAGGAGCUGGCUGAAGACACGCCUUGAGUAUCAUAGAUAUAAUUAUAAGAUUGUAAACGGUGCGGUUAAGACUUUGUACUUUAUAUUAACGCCAAAGGAAUUAUUAGUAUAUUAAUGCAUUAGUCCAUAUUCUAAGUAAUAAAGACUUUUGUUUAACUACC